UUUUCGAUCCCAGAAAAGGGAAGGCUUGACUUCUUAAUGCCAACCAUUUUUCGAUGCUCUAUUCCUAAAAAGUCGCACGAUUAGCUAUUUUGGUAUGGGGACGUGAGUUAUUAUCGUAAAAAGACACCCCCACGACCAUUGAUUUCCACAAAAAAAUUUGGGGCAAGUCCAUUGAUUUCCCCUUGUCUCUCUUUUCUCCCUCAAGGGUCUCUUCUCCCCCGCCCCCCUCUCUGCCUGCUUGCUUGCCGUGGGGGAAGAUCUCAAAUGGCAAUGACGAACUGCGUAGUAGUAAUUGUCGCCUCCAUAUCUUGUCUCGUGAUCUCCUUACCUGGCGCAACAACAGCAAUAGCUAAUCCGCUUCCACAUGUUCCUCAUUCUCAUCCUCCUCUAGCAGCCGCCGCCGCCGCCAUGCCGCUCAUCAAUCCAGGCAUCCAGAAAAUAUGUGCUGCAACCAGUAAUCCAAAGGUGUGUGUCCGUUCCCUCGGUGGUCCAUAUGUCGAGAAAGGACUAACUAGGGUGGACCCUACUUGGGCCCUGGUGCAACAAGCACAUGCGGGAAUUAAUGCCACGGAAAGGGCCAUCGUUAAAGCCAAGAAAGCCUUGAAUGAUCCUUCCGUUAAUGAAGAGUGCGUCCAAGUUUGCCUUGAUUGUUAUGAUUCCGUCAUGGAUUCUUGGAGGGAUGCCCUCACUUCUCUUCAACUUGGGAAUGGUUUCGAUGUGGCCAAUCAACUUAGUGCUGUUUCUGCCAUGACUAGUAGUUGUGAGGACGCCUUCUCUGGUGACGAUCCCACUGUCGUCGUCAUCUCUCCCCUCACUAAAGUUGAUCGCUUAAUCCUCAAGAUGGCUAGCAAUGCCCUCGCUAUUCAAGAGAUGAUCUUCCCCCGAUCCAAUUGAUCCACCUUCUUUAAUUUCUCAUCCACCCCAUGGCAACGAUCAGUCCAUAUGCGUAUUCAUUUACUUGACUUGGGUAUGUGUUUUAAGGAGGAGUCCGUCCUUAUUAUGAUUUUCUUCGUGAUUGUCAUUGGCUUUCUGAUGACCCUUCUCGAUCAAUAAUAUUCAACAUUACAAGGAUAAUAAAAUGCGGUUCGGAUGGCUAGCAUGCA